AUGGGUAAUUCUAUAUCUAGGAGGCUGAGUAAGCUAUUUGGGUCUCGAGAAAUGAAGAUAUUGAUGCUGGGAUUGGAUAAUGCGGGCAAGACUACCAUUCUCUACAAAUUGAAACUGAAUAAGAUAAAGACAUCCACACCAACAGUGGGAUUUAAUGUUGAGACAGUCACGUAUAAGAACAUCAAGUUCAACAUGUGGGAUGUUGGAGGACAAGAGAGACUAAGACCGCUGUGGAGGCACUACUUUCCAGCGACUAGUGCGUUGAUUUUUGUUAUUGACUGUAGUGACCGUGAAAGGUUUAAUGAAGCCAAAGAAGAACUUUACAGUAUAAUUAGUGAGAAAGAAAUGGAGAAUGUUGUGCUGCUGGUGUGGGCUAAUAAACAAGACUUGAAAGGUUCUCUGAAACCUCAAGAGAUAUCAAAUCUAUUAGAAUUGGACAGAAAUUUGAAAAACCAACAAUGGUGCGUUAUUGGUAGUAAUGCAUUAACUGGGACAGGGUUGGUCGAAGGAUUAUCGUGGAUUUCGAAUAAUAUCGACAAAUAG